AUGAGAGUGGACAAGAUCCUGCUGAGCUAUGCCGGUGCGAACUUUCUCUUUAUGGCCGGCGGUAUAAUACUGUUGGUAGGGUCAUUGCUAUUCAGCCAGGCCGUCAAUUCUACCCCGACGAUGAACAGUGCACCUAGCAUUCUUUUACUCAAAAUGGUGCCUGAGAAAGUGGCCUUGGUUAAUGCUAUCAUCGUCUUCGCUACGUUCCUCCUCGCUCUUCCCAGCAUGAUCAUGCGCGACAGUCGGCUAUGGCUUCAACUUCAGGGAUGGCUGGUCAUUGUCUCUGGAGUAUUCACACUCGUCAUUGGACUGAUCAUUUGGAUUGAGACUCUCAGGACCCGCGCAGCAUUGAAUACCUCAUGGGGCCAACAGACGUCUGCUGUCCAGAGUUUGUUACAACAAAGAUUUGACUGUUGCGGUUAUUACAACAGCACAUCCCCACCAUUCGUUACCGACGCAACUUGCACCACACCUCUGGUUGCAGCAGAGAAAGAGGGAUGUGUGGGCCCAUUCUCUAGCUUCGUGAAUAGCACCCUUGACGCCAUCUUUACUGCUAUCUUUGGUAUCGUCGCACUUGAUAUGAUCCUCUUAAUUUGCGUGGCAGUCUUAUCAAAGGAUCGCAAGGAGAAGGAGCGAUACCGAUUGAUCGAUGCCAAGGUCGGACUGCAAGCCAUUUGA